GGCAACGCAUACUACUUCACGAAUGAGCCGGCGAUUCUGCGCAUGGGCGUGGGCGCCGACGGUCGCGCAUUUGUGGCCGAGCCUCGGCUGCUCCUGGAUGCCUUGACAGUGGGUCCCCGGGAAGUUACGCAGGCUGCCGCCGCGGUCUUUCUGUCGGCGGGAGGGAAGCUGUCGGUGCCUGAAUACGUCGGCAAGGUGGAGGAGCUCCUGGACAAGGCGCGAAGGGGUGACGACCCAGCGCCUUGGAAUACCACGCUGCGCCUUCCAGACAUGAAAAAUGACGCAUCUUGGACGAGCGCUGCGCAGAAACCACAGAACGCGUGGUCCUCCUGGAACCUUCGCGCAAUCAUCGAGGAGGCGUUCGAGGGUCGAGAGACUCUCGACGAAGUCGUGGUUCGGGCACCCAGCUACGUCGAUGCGCUUCCAGAUGUGCUCAAGCAACUGAAGGAGCACGAACUUCUCAAUUACCUGGGGUCUGCGCACGGCCCUUCUGGCAUCGCGUCUUUUGCCGGCCGGUCCCGAGAAGCAGCUCCUCUGCCGACUCAUUGACGUCGAUGACACGGCGCCAGCCCAAAGCGCCGCUGAACAUUGCGUCCGCC